CACGUUCUGUUCUUACAAUCACAUAGAUAUAUUACACUGCCUCUUGUUUAUUUUUCGGCUUGCUUCUUCACUUGACUUUAUUUCUAAAUUCAACGUUCACCCAACCUAUUCUGGACUUUAUUUUUAUUUUUCAAUUCAUCGGGGUUAUUUAUUUCAUUUCAACUUAAGAAUUCAAUUCAAUUUUUCAAACGCUAGCUCAUCACAACAUUGUUUGAAUGCGUGAGUGUAGUCUGCUAUCACUACACGUGGAGUCCCAUAGAUAGCUAGCUUACAGCUGAAGUCUGUUUACCUCUACUCAAUGUCAAUGGUGAGCCAUCCAUACACUUCCUGGCUUCCCAUUGCAUUGAGAAGACUCACACAAGCGUGCAAUACACAGAAUGGGUCGGGUGGCAUUGUGACGUAUUUACGUGCGAACCUAUGGGUAUCCCCAUAUCGUACAUUUUCCCACCACUCGCUUUGCGUGUGUAUAAUAUUGGCGUGCACUCCCUCUGUGUUUGUCAUUCGCCAACGCACCGCACAGCUGAUCGGAGUUGUGUCCACGGUCCUAUGGAGGAUUUUGAAUUCAAGCCUCAAGUGACAGAAGGUGGGUUUAUCGAGCAGGACCACAACAUGAACAACCAGCGGGCUGAGUCUGGCGUGAUGAGUGGUUACAACACCGUAGCAAUGACAAAUGUCCAGCCAGCUCACAUGUCUCCUGUUUCUGGAAGCAGCCCUGAUAGUUCUCCUACUCCCAAUGCCUGGUGGACUCCUGCAACCUGCACCUCAAUGUCCAGUGGGAUCGGUAGUAUCAUCACAACAUCGAAUAGUUUGAUCAACGAAGCGGUAUCGGCUCAGCCUAUCGUAUCCUGCGAGACGGCUUGUUUCACACCUAGCUGCACCUCAAGCUUUCAGAUCGCCAGCACUCAGGCUGUGAUCAACUCUCAGGAACUCUCACCCCAAUCCUCCCCGUACACAUGUGCCUAUACGCAUCCAGCCACCUCGCUGGUGCCUUCUACACCCUACGAACAGAUCCCCGAGAACUUGUCUGUUCAGCCAACCGCACAGGGCGUUUGUUCACCAUUCGAACAAACAGUCAAAGUCGAUGGAGUACUCAAAUAUUCAUGGCCAUCAGCCCAUGACAUGAGCUCAGCUUUCGCUCGCCCAGCCGUGACAUCGCCGCACCACAAUAUGAAAAUGGGUGGUGUACACCAUACAGGACAAAGUACUAGCCCUCAGCCAGCCCAAAUAUUGCCUUCGAGGACCCAGCAGUUAUCCAUGGGAAACGCACCCAUGAUGGUCCACAUAUCACCAGCAGACAUCAUCUCACAACCAUACCAAACGAACCAGGGUACGGUAGGGAAGACAACAUCGAAGCCACGUAAAUACACCAGCCGACCUGGCAAGACACCGCCUCAUGAGCGCCCCUACGCUUGCCCGUCAGAGAAUUGCGACAGACGGUUCUCUCGCUCCGACGAGCUUACGAGGCACAUCCGAAUCCAUACCGGACAGAAACCGUUCCAGUGCCGUAUCUGUAUGAGGAACUUCAGCCGUAGCGAUCAUCUCACGACCCACAUCCGAACCCAUACCGGUGAGAAACCAUUCUCCUGCGAGACAUGCGGACGAAAAUUUGCUCGCAGCGACGAGAGGAAACGACACAGCAAAAUUCAUCUUCGCCAGAAAGUCAAGAAGGAGGUAGAAUCAAUGAAAAACCUGAACACUUGUGGAUAUCAGCAAAGCCCAGCGGCUGCAUCUUCUCCACCUAUGCCUGUUAGUGCCGCAUCUGUGGUUACUACUUCUUAAACAUUUCCUUGAACGAUCCCGUAACUGUGAUCUGUUUUCUGUUGUUUGUUUUUGCACCACCCCUCUGCGAAGACGGUAUUGCCUCGUCGUGCGGUUCGACGUCGCCGUUCGGCGCCGGCCGGUAAUGGUCGGCCACCGAAGAAGCGGCAGCGAUAUCUGAUGCGAGACGCCUAUCAUCUUGAACUGGUGAGAGUGAGUAGCACAGUGAUGUGCAACUUGAUAGUGAAUUGACUGACUCUUCGACGUCUUGCACAACUCUGAUAUCAGUGAAAAAUCCAUCAUUUCAUGUUUUUGGUGAGAAUUCUUUUGAAAUAUGUUCACAUUCUUGAUUGUCGCGCUACAGAGUAUACUGCUUCGUCAUAUUUUGUAUGUUUUGAUUUUAAAUGACUUUUAAACGAUAAAAAGUAUAAACUGGUUGAUCCUAGUUCCAUUCAAUUUUUACGUGCUAAAUUCGAUUUGUAUUCAGAACAACAUUUUUCGGUAACUAUAUUUGUUUGUAUUAAAGAUGUUUAUUUUAUGCUGCGCAUAAGAUAGCUCAUUGUGCAGGGCACACGCAUACACUGCUUCCAAUAUUCAAAAUUUAACGUGUAUAAGCUGCUGGUCAGUUGUAUAGCUCUUUAUUUUCAAAUACAUUUUUACCCAAAAAGUUAUUCAAAUUUGAAAUGUUUUUAACUUACAAAUAUGUUUCUUUAUUCAAAUUCUGACACGAAACACUUCCUUUUAAAGCAUUCGAUUUCAAUUUCAACAACCAUUCAUUGCAUUUGAAAAGUCUAGAUGACUACAUUCAUAAUUUCUUAACUAUUUGCUAUACUUCCUAUGAUAAUAAUUUACGUAGUAUUUGUUGUGGAUUUGUGGCCGAAUGGCGUUUAUUUGAGACCAAAAUCUUGCUUGCUACUGCCAAUUUAGCAGCCAAUAUUUAUUUCUAAUUGAAAUUAAGACAUUGCUUCAAAAUAACAACUCAUGUUAAAACUCAGUCAAUUUGUUAAAAUGCCAUUUUCGUUUUUUUAAUAUGUCUACGCAAAAAUUAGUACCUGUAUAAAUGUUGAUAUGAGCAAAUAUCCCGCAUGCAUCUGAAGACGAAACAAAUGCUGCGAGAAUUACAAUUAUUUAUGUACCACUUUGUUGAUUCCAUUAUUUUUUGAGUUAUUUUUUAUAUGUCUACAUGUUUGUAUUUAAGAUACAAUUUUGUCUCGAUAUGUUCAAUUUAAUGGAGCCGUGGUUUUGUAAUUUUGUAAAAUGUUGAACUCGAUACCCAGUUUCAAAGAUUUAAAAAAACACAGUAAGAUCAUCGCUUGUCACUUUGCCAGUGCCUAUAACAUAAGAUCCGUAACUCAUCUGGACUAAAUAGAUACGAUUCGGGUGUUGUCUCGUUAUCCAGAAAGCGAAUAUAACAUAUGAAUUAAGUGUGCUCAAAUUGUCAUUUUUUAUAUUUUUCGUUAACAAAGACACAUUGUAAAAUGUCACUUUUUGAAUGUCAAAUUGAUAAAGUAAGCUUUUGAAGCAUCGCUUUUAAAUGCAUUGCACCUGAUUAUUAUUUUGUAGCUGCACAAGAACAUACGUGUUUGUCAUAUUUCAAUGUUAAGGUAAAUCUGUAACAGUAAUAUAUAUAUAUAUAUAUAUGUCUCCGCUGACUACUUUUUAUUUAUAUAUUUGUUAUUUCUGUUGGACAGCUGUCUUUAUUACUACUAUGAGAUAUACAAAAUAUCACUAUUGAGGGUAUUGAAUCACACUGUUACUCAAGCUCAAGCUUCUAAUUCAAUUUUUGUGAACAAAGAAAAUCGUAUGUGCCUAUUCAUAAAGAUGGGAGAAAUUCGAAAGAAGACAGUCGUGCAUCAGAACUAUUUUGCAAAAAUAUUCAGACGAAAUUUAUUCCAAUAAAAUGAUCAUUUCACUACUAUGUUUUCCUAGUCGCCAGGUUUGAUGUGUUUAUUUUUCGUAUUUCAUUUCGAUUCGCUUUUCUCAAAAGAAAGCCGUUUAGCGUCUGGUGCCUAAGUUGGAAUGUUUGUUGUAAAAGAUUUCAUUUGAUUUUACAUAUGUAAAUAGAUAUCUUUAUAUUUAUACACAUCAGAAAUUUGUUAUAUCGUAUCUUUGAUACUAUGCAUUAGCAAUGUUGCUAAUUCAUUUCACUAUUAUUACACAAGUCAUCGUUAUGUCCUGCAAAAACUGCGCAUGUACAUACUCGCGAUGUCUGUUAAGAUGGUAUUGUAUACCAGGCCUAUAAUGAUGUGAAGGGUGGUAUAGAGCUGGAGAAAAAAUAAUAAAAUAUUUUUGUCAUGAAGUGCACAAAAUCAAGAA